GUGCAGACAAGAAAGAGAAAAAUCAAGAUUAAAAACAAUGUGCAUAGCAUGAAUAUGGUUUGCAAAGCAACUGAAUAAUUACUGACAUCAUCUCUUCUCUUUUCCCUCCUCUUCUCUUUUCCUCCUUCUUCCCCUCUCUUUCUCCCCCUCCUGCAGAUGCAUCCUCAGCAGCUGGUCGUCUCCUGGUUUUCCCUGGUUUUGCUGGCAUCUCCCCUCAUGGCCAUAUGGGAACUGGAGAAAAAUGUUUAUGUCGUAGAGUUGGAUUGGCACCCGGACGCACCCGGAGAAAUGGUGGUCCUCACCUGCCAUACCCCUGAAGAAGAUGACAUCACCUGGACCUCGGACCAGAGCAGUGAGGUCUUAGGCUCUGGUAAAACUCUGACCAUCCAAGUCAAAGAAUUUGGAGAUGCUGGCCGGUAUACCUGUCAUAAAGGAGGCAAGGUUCUGAGCCAUUCGCUCCUGCUGAUUCACAAAAAGGAAGAUGGAAUUUGGUCCACUGAUAUCUUAAAGGAACAGAAAGAAUCCAAAAAUAAGUUCUAUCUAAAGUGUGAGGCAAAGAAUUAUUCUGGACAUUUCACCUGCUGGUGGCUGACGGCAAUCAAUACUGACUUGAAAUUCAGUGUCAAGAGCAGCAGAGGCUUCUCUGACCCCCAAGGGGUGACAUGUGGAGCAGUGACACUCUCAGCAGAGAGGGUCAGAGUGGACAACAGGGAUUAUAAGAAGUACACGGUGGGGUGUCAGGAGGGCAGCACCUGCCCCGCGGCCGAGGAGAGCCUACCCAUCGAGGUCGUGGUGGGUGCCAUUCACAAGCUCAAGUAUGAAAACUACACCAGCAGCUUCUUCAUCAGGGACAUCAUCAAACCGGACCCGCCCAUGAACCUGCAGCUGAAACCACUACAAAAUUCUCGGCAUGUGGAGGUCAGCUGGGAAUACCCCGACACCUGGAGCACCCCGCAUUCCUACUUCUCCCUGACAUUCUGCAUACAGGGCCAGGGCAAGAACAAUAGGGAAAAGAAAGAGAGACUCUGCGUGGACAAAACCUCAGCCAAGGUCACGUGCCACAAGGAUGCCAAGAUCCGCGUGCAAGCCCGAGACCGCUACUACAGCUCCUCCUGGAGUGACUGGGCAUCUGUGUCCUGCAGUUAG